AUGGGGCGGCGUAGGAGGCUGUUACCUCCGAACAGUCACUCUAUCUUAACCUUACUCGUCGCUGCCUUGAAACGCAAAGUGCAGAAGAGUCUCCCACUCGCAAGCAAACCAAUUCCAGAUCCCUUCUUUGCUGAACAUAUCGCAUAUCUUAAGGAAAUGCCGAAUCACCCUGAUGUACCGCGAUGGCGCGACAUUCCCGCCCUCAAAGAUCUCCUCCCGGUGGUGUCCUUUUCCGACGUAUCUGAGCUUCACCUGGAUCUCGAUCCCAAAUUCCACAAGAGUGUACAUUGCUACGCGUCCCUCCUCCAUGUUUUAACCAAGCAUGGAGUCGCGUGCGACGUGCCUCUGAUCAUGUCCUUCAUGACGCAUGCAUGCGUGACAGAUAAAGAUCGUUCGCUUGUUAUCGACGUGUAUAAGCAAUACAAACUUGCCUCACUCGCUCUUGCUAUGAGGAUCUGUUGGAUUCACUGGCUAGAUCUGAUAUGGCGUUGGCAUGUGGUGGUGUCGCAACAGUAUGUGUGUAAGAUGAUUCAGUCUGGACUGACUCCUAAUCUUACCACAUUUACAUCUUUGAUUAUGGGUUACUGUAGAACCGGUGAUGCAGAUGCUGCUCUUAGGGUUUUCCAAAGGAACAUGGUGCAGCAAUAUGGGUGUGUUCCUGACUUGAAAUGCUACGAGCAGCUAAUGGGUGGGAUUUGUGAAGCUAACAAACUGGGGAUAGCUUGGAUGUUGUUGGAUUGCCUCCUAGUGAGAUUGUUUUUGAGAAGUUGCUUAGGUGUUGCUGCGUGCUGCACAAGUAUGGGGAAGCUGCGAACAUUGUUGAAGAUAUGA